GGAAUAAAGAGACAACACGAAAAUCAAACUAAACGCAUAAUAAUUCCCGAAAGCCCAACAGAUAAUACAUUACAAAUUGACAUUUUGUGGGUGGGAGAGACAGCUGAUGUAAACAUUGGAAGGAAGUUAAACAUUUUCGAGUCGAUUUGAAGCAAACUGCAAGAUUUAUGGCAGCCUUACUUCAGUGGAGAAGAUUCAACUUCUUUGAUAUAAAAGCAAACGUAGAUGGAGGGAAAUUGGCUGAGGCCGUAAAGGGGGCCACUGUUACAUGUUCCGCUGCUGGUCACGGUUUUGUGUAUAUUGGGGACUCCAAUGGAUCUGUGCAUAGCAUCACUCGGCAGUUAAGGCUGGAGUCAUUUCAAGCAUACGAACAGCCUGUGAAUACGAUUAUUGCCUUUGACCAUACAAGGAUUAUUGUGACAGUUGCAGAUGGCAAAGAUGGUGCAUCAGAGAUUAAAGUCUGGUCUCCAGAUAAAACAGAUGUUCAGGGUCGACCUUUAUGUUUGCGUACAGUCCUGCCUGAUCCAAGGCCACCUCAGACUAGUAGUAGUAGAGGAAAUACAGCUUCUCAACGAUCAGAAAGAUCACCAAAAGUUACUGCAAUAGCUGUGCACCCAAACUUAUCACUGAUGGCUGUUGGAAUGGCUGAUGGUUCUGUUAUGCUGUACAGAGGGGAGGUAAGCCGAGAUCGUGGAAGUAAGUGCCGUGUUAUAGCCACCUGCUCGGGAGCUGUCACUUCCCUCCAUUUACGUCAUGGAACAAGACUGACUCAUUUAUUUGUAACCACUCAGACCAACAUAUAUUCAAUAAAUUGCACUGCAAGAGAUAAAGAAACAAUGAUAGAGCUUGAUUCAGUAGGUUGUAAGCCUGGUUGUUCAACACUAGCAGACGGACGUCAUGAGCAUCAUUUCUUAGUAGCAAGGCCCGAUGCUAUAUACAGUUAUACCACAGAUAGUCGGGGAUCUUGUUAUGUGUUUGAGGGUGAGAAAUCCAGAGUUUCAUGGUUCAAAGGCUACCUUAUUGUUGCAGCUGUAGAAAAGGGCUUGGCAGGUGGCAGAAACAGUGAGGAGAGCAUCAUUGUAUACGAUCUUACCAAUAAACUGGUUGCAUUAAGCACACAAGUCCAAGGAUUAGCAGGUGCUGUAGGAGAAUGGGGAAGUCUGUAUCUUGUCACAAGGGAACCUUCUAUCAUACAUAUUAUGGAGAAAGAUCUCCAUAGCAAGUUUCAGAUAUUGUUUAAGAAAAACCAGUUUGAUGUUGCCAUAAGUUUAGCAAAAACUCAAAGUUGUGAUCCAGAAGAAGUAGCAGAAAUUCUCCGUCAGUAUGGUGACUGGUUGUACAGUAAAGGUAAUCAGUCAUCAGCAAUGGAUCAGUAUAUUAAAACCAUCCCACAGCUUGAACCUUCAUAUGUGAUAAGAAAAUACCUGGACACACAGCACAUCCAUAAUCUUACUACGUACCUCCAAGAGCUACACAAAUCAGGUGCUGCUACAGCAGAUCACACCAGCUUAUUGCUUAAUUGUUACACUCGUUUAAGAGACACUCAGCAGCUUAAUGAAUUUAUUAUGAGCAGAGAUGGUGCAGUUGAUUGCGAUGUAGAGAUGGGUGUAAAAGUGUGCCGUAGUGCUGGCUACUAUGACCAUGCUCUUGCUUUGGCUGCAAAACACAAUCUUCAUCAACAUCAUCUGGCUAUCCUUAUCGAUGACAAAAAAGAUUAUGUUGCAGCAUUAAGGUAUAUCUCUACCUUGGAAUUUAAUGAAGCAAAAGAGAACAUUCUCCGUUAUGGUUCAGUUCUUCUGUCUCAUGUCCCAGAUGAUACCACUGAAGUCCUUAUCUCACUAUGCACUGAUUAUAAGCCAAGCAAUUCCCCAAUUAUCAAGGAAGGUUCAUUAGAUGGAUAUUUAACACCAGAAGAGCCACUGUAUGCUGAUCCAGAAGAAUUUGAGUAUUUGUUGGUUGGCCAUAGUGAGCAGGCUAUCACAUUCUUGGAAAAGAUGGCACUAAUUCCAGGGAAACUCUCACCCAAGCUGUAUACAACAUUGUUAGCUGAGUAUCUCCAUCAGUAUGGACUCGCUCCAGAGGGACAAGCUCAAGCUGCACUUGCUACAAAGGUAAUGGGAGUGCUUCGUAAUUCAGAUACUGGCUACAAUCGAGAUCAAGCUUUGCUGUUGUGUGAUAAGUACCAAUUUCAUGAUGGCAAACUUUUCCUGUGGGAUCAGGCUGGGAUGUAUGAGGAGCUCAUAGCUUGGUAUGCAGAACGAGGGGAUGUAGAGAACAUGCUGAAUCUAUGUGUGAAAAAAUCUACAGAUAAAUCAACACUUUGGUGUUCUGCUUUGAAGUUACUGACCUCGCCUUCAUCUCUCCUACCUCCAGAUCCACAACAUCUUAUGACAUGCCUGGAUAAAAUUGAGGAGCAUUGUCUGCUUCCACCACUUGAGGUUGUUGAUCAGCUAGCUACUUCUCCACACAUUACGCUGGGCCACGUACGAGAAUACCUGUUAAGAGUGGUGAGUACUCAUUCUACAACACUCGCUGAAGAAGCAUUGCGUGCUGAAGAGUACGUCCAGGAGACAUCCAAAAUGAAGGAGACUAUCAAUAACAUUAGAACCACAGCCAUACAGUUUACAGCGACAAAAUGCAAUAUAUGUAAUAAUGAAUUAGAACUUCCAUCUGUGCACUUCUUGUGUAUGCAUUCAUUCCACCAACACUGUUUUGAAAGUUAUAGUGACAGUGAUGCAGAUUGUCCCAUAUGCCUUCCUGAAAGAAAGAAGAUGCUGGAUGUCAUUAAAGCUCAGGUAACUGAAACUCAUCGUAGCCAACAUGACCAGUUUCAUGAACAUAUGGAGAGGGCAACAGAUACAUUUUCAGUAGUUGCCGAUUACUUGGGACGAGGAGUAUUUACACAACAUCAGUCCUUAGCAGCCAUGUACCCACCACUAAAUACAACUAAAGAGAAGAAGGAAGAACCUAGCAAACCACCACAAAUAGUAGUAAGUGAUGACGUAGCAGAUUCCAGUUUGAGGGCAAGAAGUACAAGUGACAUUUCAAAAGCAGAUGCUAGAAACACUGUUCCUGAAACAGAAGGAAGACUUCGUGCACUGGAAAGGAAUAAUCAAGGACCAGUUGGAGUUGGAGGAGAAGGGCGUUUGCGUAUGGGUGAGCGCCAUGGCCAGGGAGUUGUCGAGGUUGAACCAGAAAGCAGAAUUAGACUUGAAGCAAGAGGAGGAAUGCCUGGGAAACCAACAGAUACUGGAUUUUACUCCAGUGAAGGCAGGAUACGGCAAGACGUUCCAAGUAGAGUUGUAACUAGUCCAACUGAAGGUCAGAUUCGAUUAGGAGUGUCCUCUAAUGUUACAGUUCCAACCCCAGAGAGUCGUGUUAGAUCUGCAGAAAAUUCAAGAGCAGGAGGAUAUAGCCCCAAUCUACAUGAUCACAUUACUGCAUCUCCAGUAAUAAGUCAUGACAGAAAGUCAAAUGCAUCACCAGUGGAAAGUAUAUCUGCACAUAUAGCAAAUAUGACCUUAGUUCAACCAAAAGAUGAUGCAAGUGUUAAUCCAUUUGGUGAUGAAUUUGAAACCGAGCAAAUGGGAACUAAUCCUUUCGAAGAUGAUUAUGAUGAAUCAAAGAAUCCAUUUGCUGGAGACUCUCCUGAACAUACAGGCCGAGAUGACAAAAAUCCCUUCUCAGAUAGUACUGACAACCCUUUUGCCAAGGAUGACUAUGACUCAAAAUUAAAUCCAUUUGGUGAAUCAUGAAUUUACACAAUUAUAUAGAGGUAGUAGUAAUUUCUUUAAUAUUCAAAUAUGGCUUUAAAUCUUUAUUAUAAAGAUGUCUGUUUAAAUACAUUUAAUAUAGUUCCAGCUAUUAUAGAAAUUUAAUUAGGUUUUUGGCAUGAAACACCGGUUGCUGAUAUAAUUGUUCUUUUUGGUAACAGAGACUGAUUUUUUAAGUCAAUUUUAUCAAAUUGUACAUUGCAAAAUGUGUGGUACCAAUGGAAGACCAUGUCUUAACAAUUAAUGAUGGACACCAAUAUUUUAUUCCAAAUUAACUUUACUCCACAAUUGUCCUUUCUGUUCCUCCCAUUGUAACAGUAGCAUACGUAUUGCAGUAACCACAGGUUAAGUAAAUCUGCAUGUAAAAAUAAAUCUUAUAUAUUACCUAGAAAAUA